CUGGUCCUGCCUCCAGCCCGCAGGUGCCAUGACUCAGCAGCCCCAGGAGGGCUUCGAGGGCAGCGUGGAGGACGCCUGGGAGUGGAUGAAGGCGGUGCAGGAGCGGCUGCAGAUCAAUGACAACACCCAGGGGCCCCGGGCCGCCCUGGAGGCCCGGCUGCGGGAGACCGAGAAAAUAUGCCAGCUGGAGCCGGAGGGGCGCGUGAAGGUGGACCUGGUGCUGCAGGCGGCCGAGGCGCUGCUGGCCUGCUGCCCUGAGGCCCAGAAGCCCGCGGUUCUGGUGCGGCUAAGGGACGUCAAGGCCCAGUGGGAGGAGACGGUCACCUACAUGACUCACUGUCACAGCCGCAUCGAGUGGGUGUGGCUGCACUGGAGCGAGUACCUCCUGGCCCGCGACGAGUUCUACCGCUGGUUCCAGAAGAUGACGGUGGCGCUGGCGCCACCCGUGGAGCUGCAGCUGGGCCUGAAGGAGAAGCAGUGGCAGCUGGGCCAGGCCCAGGUGCUGCUGCACGACGUGGGCCACCAGGCCGUGCUCCUGGACCGGCUGCUGGAGGAGGCGGCCUCCCUGUUCCACAGGAUCGGGGACCCCAGCGUGGACGAGGAUGCCCAGAAGAGGAUGAAGGCCGAGUACGAGGCCGUGAAGGCCAGAGCCCAGGACCGAGUGGACCUGCUGGAGCAGGUGGCCCAGGAGCACGAGCGCUUCCAGGCGGACAUGGACGAGCUGCGGCUGUGGCGCAGACUGGCCAAUGUCCGGGGUGUUAAAGACGGGGCCCCCCGAGACGACGUGCUCCUGGGCUUUGAGGCGACUGGGAAGGAGGACAUCGCCAAGGACGUCCCCAGGGGCGAGGAGUCUCUGAGGCGGCUGGAGGCGCAGGCGGUGGGGGUCAUCCGGAACACCUCUCCUCUGGGCACCGAGAAGAUCACCCGGGAACUGGAGGAGAUGCGGAGAGUCCUGGAGAAGCUCCGUGGCCUCCGUGAGGAGGAGGAGGGGCGGCUGCACGGGCUACUCGCGUCCAAGGGCGCCUUUGAGCAGCAGAGGGCGCAGCUGGAGGCCGAGCUGGGAGAGUUCCGGAAGGGCCUGCGGCGGCUGGCGGAGGAGGGCCUGCAGCCCGCGGCGAAGGCGGGCACCGAGGACGAGCUGGUGGCCCGCUGGAGACUCUACUCGGUAAGCCACGCGGUCCAGGCGGCUUGGGGUGUCGCCCCUUGGAGCUCACCCUCGCGGGGGGAGGAUCGCGGCGGAACUCUGCUCCUGGGGGUCGGCACGAGGCACACGUCCUCGAGGGCCCACUCCCUCUCAUCUAAGUCCCGUGCCACUGCGAUGGCCAACUGCGUGCACAGGGAGUUGUCUCCCUUCCACUGGCGCUGGGGCCACCGGGCAGUGGCCGAGGGAGGGCUGCGAGUCUGUGUGAGGGCCGCCUUGUUUCAAGGGCACUGUUAUCCAGCGGGCGAGGCCUCUGCGGUGCAGAUGCCCAGCACCCGCCUGCCUGACCUGCCCUCCAUCCACACCUUCCUGCCGCAGAUCGAGGCGGCCCUGGCCGAGAGCUCCCGCCUGAAGCAGCAGCUGACCAUGCUGCCGCUGAAGACAGACCUGCUGGGCAGCGUCUUCGGCCAGGACAGAGCCACGGCCCUCCUGGAGCAGGUGACGAGCUCCGUGCGGGACAGGGACCUGCUCCACAACAGCCUCCUGCAGAGGAAAAGCAAGCUGCAGAGCUUGCUUGCCCAGCACAAAGACUUCGGGGCUGCCAUCGAGCCCCUGCAGAGGACGCUCUCGGACCUCCAGACCAGGGCCCGAGCCGAGCGUGGGCUGCAGCGGGACCUUCCUGGGAAACAGGCCCAGCUGUCGAGGCUGCAGGGGCUGCAGGAAGAGGGGCUGGACCUGGGGGUGCAGGUGGAGGCCACCAGGCCUUUCAUCCAGGGGAACCCCAACCACCAGCACAGAAUGGACCAGCUUUCCGCCGACUGCCAGGCCCUGCAGCGGUCCCUGGAGGACCUGGUGGACGGCAGCCAGCGGAGCGCACGGGAGCACUGCGCCUUCAGCCACGAGCUCCUGCAGCUGCAGCAGUGGGUGGCCGUGGUCACGCAGAAGCUGGAGUCCUACCUGGGAGACACGGGCCCCUGGGAUGCCCAGGCCCGCGAGGCCGAAGUCCAGGGGCUGCUGGCGGAAUUCCCCGAGAAGGAGGCCCAGCUGUCCCUGGUCGAAGCGCACGGCCGGCUGGUGAUGGAAACGUCCUCCCCGGAAGGGGCUGCCGACGUCCAGGAGGAGCUGGCGGAGCUGGCGGGGGCCUGGCGGGCCCUGAGGCUGCUGGAGCAGAGCCUGCUGAGCCUCAUCAGGAACCGGCAGCUGCAGAGGCUGGACGUGGGCUCCGGGAAGACCCCGAUUUUCACCAACAACAUCCCGAAGAGGGGCUUCGUCCUCACCCCCACGGGGCCCCUCUCCAGGCGGCACCGGCAGGCAGACCCGCGCCAGGAAGCAGGAGGCGGCCCCGAGGGCUUCCCCCAGCUCCUGGGCGACUUCGAGCGGUGGCUGCAGGUGGAGAACGCCAAGCUGGUGAGAGUCAUCGCCAUGAGAACCGCCACGGCCGAGGCCGCCAGGGCCAGAGAGAAAAAGCUGCAGGAGCUGGAGGCUCGGGUCCCCGAGGGCCAGCGUCUCUUCGAGGACCUCCUUCGUCUGGGGCCAGCGAGGGGCGCCUCGGAGGAGCUGGAGGACCUGCGCUACCGCUGGAUGCUCUACAAGUCCAAGCUCAAGGACUCCGGGUGGCUGCUGACGCAGAGUUCUGCAGGGCAGCCCGCUGGAUUCCAGAAGGCCCAGCAGUGGCGAGGACCCCGCGGCUUCCUCCGGAGGGUGUGCUGCGUGGCGCUGCCCCUGCAGCUGCUCCUGCUGGCUGCUGCUGUGGGCGAGGAGGCCCGCAGCUGCACGCUGGCCAACAACUUCGCCCGCUCCUUCCGGCUCAUGCUCCGCUACAGCGGCCCCCCGCCCACCUAGCCACGGGGCACACCGGCGACUUUCUCCUCCGGCCUCCGGCAGCCCUGCUCCUCCUCAGGACACGGGGGCACUGGACGUGGGCAGGUGGACGGCAGAGCU